CUGGACUGCUUCUUUCCAUACUGACAAAGCCCUCUAUAAUGCCUAAACUGCACUCCCUCCUAAUUGGCUUACCUUUACAAAGGCUAUCCCCCCUCCAACUCAUCCACCAUACCAACCGUCCAGUGUCCUCUACCCCUCUCUGCCAAUCCCUCCACUGGCCUCCAUUCAGUGUCCUCCACCCCUCUCUGCCAAUCCCUCCACUGGCCUCCAUUCAGUGUCCUCCACCCCUCUCUGCCAAUCCCUCCACUGGCCUCCAUUCAGUGUCCUCCACCCCUCUCUGCCAAUCCCUCAACUGGCCUCCACUCAGUGUCCUCCACACCUCUCUGCCAAUCCUUCCACUGGCCUCCAUUCAGUGUCCUCCAUCCCUCUCUGCCAAUCCUUCCACUGGCCUCCACUCAGUGUCCUCCAUCCCUCUCUGCCAAUCC